AUAAUGGCGGUCGCGUGUCUAGUACCGCUGGAAUAAUUUACUUAAAACUAUUAGAUCGCCGUUUAUUGUUACGAUGGGAUCCUACGCAAAAUUCGUAUCUGAUUACUGUAAAAACUGGGACAAAUCUGGUCGAGAAUUGUUCUUGAAACAUUUGACGCAAUUCACAAAAGAUGAACAUAGGACUCCACUAUUUUCAAAGUCUGGGAAAAUGUCUGGAUUUUCUCAAAGUGUCUAUGAUUUUCUUCUUUGUGGCCUGAAAGGAAACCUUAAAAAAGAUACCGUUUUAUCCUUCUUAAGAGAAAUAACUAAUUUGCAUGCAGAUGUGCCAUCAAUAAUAUUGGAUAUCAUAUCAAUUUUGGAUGCUGAAACCAGCCUAGAUGUACAAAGCGAUGAGCGGGCUUAUUUCUGCUACAUUGUGAGAGAGCUGGAGCCAUUUAUUUCUGAUAAGUUACUAAAAGAAAGAUUAGAGAUAGAUACAUUACAAGAUGCUGGUACUCUUAAGAACAAAAACUUCUACACCAAAUUCAUAAAGAUCAAGACUAAAUUAUACUACAAACAACGUAAAUUUAACUUAUUUCGAGAAGAAAGUGAAGGAUACUCAAAGUUAAUAGUUGAAUUAAACCAAGAAAUAAAUGAAGAUACAGAAUGGAAAAAUUUGCUUGAAAUAAUUCAAUCUCUUAUUGGUUGUUUUAAUUUGGAUCCAAACAGGGUACUUGACAUAAUUCUAGAAUCGUUUGAAGCCCGACCACAAUUAGAUGCUCUUUUUAUACCGCUUAUUAAGAGUUACAUGGCAGAUCCUCAUGUAAUUUCUGAGGUUUUAGGUUUCAAACUGAGUAAUAUGGAAAUUCUUGAUAACUAUACAGAACCUCCACCGUUGAUGACUGUAAUUGCAUUGCUUUUACAACAUCAGGUUAUAUCAUUAGAUGACAUCUAUCCAUGGCUUCGCCCAGAUGAUGUGAUAAUAGCUAAACAAGCUGAUAAAGAAAUAAAAGCAGUUCAAGAAUAUAUAAGAAAAAUUAACAUUGUGUCUACCAAAGGACCACAAACAAAUGCCCCCACUGAAUUUAUAGAAGAUAAAGCUGAUCCGCAGGAAUAUUGGAGCAAUCAAAAGCUAGUGUUAUGUGAAACUUUAUUGAGAGUCAAUGCGUGGCGAGAGUUUGCCUCACUGUUUGCGCGUCUUCCCACUACUACGAUGCCGCCAAGACCAGCAAUAGCCCUUUGUGGGUUGCUGCAUGCUGUUGUAGAACCAUUGUAUCGAAAGCAAUGCCGAGUAGCUUCAAAAAUACUCGGAAAACCAGUACCUCCACUUAAAUCAAAUUUAGCACCACCUAAUUGUAAAACAUUCGAAGACAUGAAAGAAACAGUUAUACCAGCCCUUAUAUUGCUUGGUCCAGCCCUUCAUCAUGACCCUGUCUUGAUGUACAAAGUCAUUAGAAUACUUAGAACUGCUCGCGGUCAAAAAGAUGAUCCGUUACAUUUUGAGGCACUAACCGUUUUGGAUACCGCAAUAUUACCGGCUCUUACACUGAUGGAAGGGAAUUGUUGUAUGGCUGAAGAGGUGUACACAUUACUUAAGUUAUAUCCAUAUCAGUGCAGAUACUGUCUCUAUGCGCGUUGGAAAAAUGAGGCUGGCGAACGAAUACCUGCUCUCAUUCGUGUCCGGGGGAACUCAUUGCAGAAAAUAAAACACAUAAUGAAACGAGUAUCCAAAGAGAAUAUCAAGCCCCAAGGUCGUCUCAUCGGGAAACUGUCGCACGCCGCCCCGGCCUUUCUGUUUGAUUACGUGCUCUUGCAGAUACAAACAUACGACAAUCUGAUAGGACCAGUAGUAGAAUCCAUGAAAUAUUUGACGUCUCUAUCUUUAGAUGUUCUGGGAUACUGUUUAGUUGAGGCUUUAGGCUCUCGACGUUCGACGCCACCUGCGUGGCUACAAGCACUAGCCUCGUUCGCCGGGGCAGCCUUCAAGAAACACAAUAUUGAGUUAACUGCUCUUUUGCAGUUUGUUGCUAAUCGACUCAAAGCUCAACAGAGUCAAGACCUGAUAGUAUUAAAAGAAAUAGUACAAAAAAUGGCCGGUAUAGAAGCUGCUGAGGAAAUGACACCCGAGCAGUUAGAGGCUAUGGCAGGAGGUGAACUACUUAAAGGAGAGGCUGGUUACUUUUCACAAGUGCGUAACACGAGACGCUCUUCUGCGCGACUGAAAGAUGCCAUAGUCGGAAACAACUUAGACAUAUCUCUUUGUAUAUUGGCGGCGCAACAGAGACAUUGUUGUGUUUGGAAAGAAUACGAAGAUGACAUUCAAAUAAGUGGCGAACCUCCAGGGUCCCAGCUAAAGGUGGUGGGUAGAUUGGCAGACCAAUGUCAGGAUGCUCUGGUUCAGCUUGGUACAUUCUUAGCAUCGUCACAUGCUCCCGAUGAAUAUGCGGCGAGGCUGCCAUCGUUACAGGAACUGCUGCGUGAUUACCAUGUAGAUGCAGAUGUCGCAUUCUUUUUGCAUCGUCCAGUUAUAAACCAAAAGAUAUCCGCCAAGUUGGAAUCUUUACGUAAAGCAUCGGACAGCAAAUCGGAUUCAAUAGAGAAGAUUAUAGAAAGAUACAAUGUGGCAUCAAAGGAAGCCUUGGAGCCUAUUGUAUCGUCGAUACAACCGAUGCUGCCUGCGAGGGUUUUAGAAGACAUUUCGCCUGAGUUUUACGUUACAUUCUGGUCAUUAUCCAUGUACGAUCUUCGAGUGCCGGUCGAAAGUUACGAGAGGGAAAUAGAACGCUUAAAAACAGCAGCAGCUAACGUCAGCAAGGAUUCGUCUCAAGGAACCAAAGUUAAGAAAGAACAGGAACGUUUCAAUACGCUCAUCGAAAAACUACAGGAGGAGCGGCGCCGACAGGCCGCGCACGUGGCGGCGGUGCGGGCGCGGCUGGCGCGCGAGUGCGAGGACUGGUUCCCGGCGCGGGCGGUCCGCUCCGCCAAGAACGAGACCGUGACGCGGCUCAUGCAGCUGUGCAUAUUCCCGCGCUGCGUGUUCACGGCGGCCGAUGCCCUCUACUGCGCCGAGUUCGUGCAUACCGUGCACUCUCUGAAGACUCCCAAUUUCUCCACUCUUCUGUGUUAUGAUAGAUUGUUUUGCGACAUCACGUAUUCGGUGAUGUCUUGCACGGAGGCGGAGGCGGCGCGGUACGGCACGUUCCUCUGCAAGGUGCUGACGACCGCCAUGCGCUGGCACGCCGACAAGGACGCCUUCCACCGAGAGUGCGCGCACUACCCCGGCUUCGUCACCAAGUACCGCGUCUCCAAGCAGUUCACUGAAGCUAAUGAUCAUGUCGGAUAUGAAAACUACAGGCACGUGUGCCACAAAUGGCAUUAUAAAAUAACCAAAGCAAUGGUUGUUUGCUUGGAUUCAGGCGACUACGUGCAAAUACGUAACGCCCUCAUAGUUCUAAUAAGAGUCUUACCUCAUUUUCCUGUUCUGGCUAAGCUAAGUCAAAUUAUCGAAAAGAAAAUUGAUAAGGUUAAGGAACAAGAGAAAAUACAAAGACAAGAUCUUUAUGUGUUAGCAACGGUCUACAGUGGACAGCUACGGAACAAGUCCUCGAAUAUGAUGAAUGAAGCUGAUUUCCAUCAGAUGAGCGACAAGCACAAAGCGGCGAGCACCGCGGCCGCCAGCGCUGCGCCCGCCAAAGAAGAAGUGGUCGCAGAUCCUGAACCCGCCCCUGCACCCGCGCCCCCACCACAAGAAAGUGAAAAACGGGACUCGCGCAAUAGCGACCGCCGCCGAGACGAAGCGGACCGAGAUAAAGAUUCCAAAAGAGAAUCAAAAACCUCCACAAAGGAAAGGUCUAAAGAAGAAACCCGAAUUAAAGAUAGAUCACCCAAAGAACGUUUACAGAGGGAAAGCAAUUAUUUAGAAGCAAUCUCACCGCCACACGAACAUCGCAGCACUUCAGAUGAUGUCGAACGAGAUAUAAAGCGACGUAAAGUUGAAAACAGCAGUAACGGCAAGGUGAGUAUUGUGAUAAUAAACCGGCCUUGCAUCGUGCACGUCCCGGACUGAGGAUUGGGCUGGACCUCGACCACAAACCAGACUGAAAUUAUCUAACAACAAUCAAUAACAAUUCAAGACAAUCAAUAUUAAAGGAGAAACAAGUGAUACAUUUAAGACUUAAAGUGCACAAUAUAAUAAUAAAACAACCAAAUUAAAUAAUAGAAAUCGAUUUAAAAACUAAACAAAAUAAAUUUCUUGAAAAACGAAGAAUUUCUAAAUAGCGGAAACAAGCAAUUGUGAUGAAACUGAAUUACAUAAUACUCUGCCUACAAUUAAUAUUUUGGCGGCUUGAAGAAUUCAAAGCGAAAAAUAAAUGAAAUUAUCGUCAAGUUUGUUCGUCAUUUAUCUUCAAAUUGUUAAUAAUGGUGACAACACGCAGUCAGCUAGCUACGCAACACCGAAGCAUUGCUCUUGGAACGGUUUGAGGCAUCGAAGACAACUAAACGAGCGGCAGCGUGGCUACCUCGAUGGACCCGUGUGAUUCAAAGAAUUCAAGAGAAACUCACCAGUGUGAAUAAACUAACACACGGACAAUCGCUAAUGAACAAUUCAAAUACAAAGUGAAGCAGUAAAGUUGUGAGUCGUAAGUCCAUUAAGCCCAGUCCCUGCAUCAUGAUGAGGUAUUCAUCAGACGACAUCUGCGUAAGUCAAAAGGUUCACUGAAUUAAGUACAACUUUGCGUAGUGUUGCCAAUAAACUUACUCCAUCUUCAAAUAAACGAGGAACAAAUUGGUGAAAAUCAAAUAACGGUGAAUUCGACGAAAUCUGCUGAAGAGUUAUCGAAACAAAUCAACCACAAGCAGUAAUAGAACAUCCAAACGAUAUUAAUGAAGAAACUUGCAAUAGGCAGGCGAUUCGUAAGCCCAGUUUUAGUCAAGCAAAUCGGACAGUUAUAUCUGCAAGAUCGUGCAAACUUCAGGUUGUUUCAACAAGACCAAUGCUCCAUAUACCAAUUUCCGAAGAAACUAAUAAUACUGUAAACUUUCGUCUACUAACCAAUGUUAAACAAAAAUUCUCACUAAUCCAACUUUCAAGUAAUAUUAUUUAAACAAUAAAUUACCAACUAUUGGAGAACCAUCACCUUUAAAAAUAGAUCAAUGAAGACGUCAAGUUUGCAAGACCGAAGAAAAAUAAAACAAGAGACAACGGAACAAUGAAAAAAACAAACACAAAAUGAGCUGUAAAACAAUAAUUAUCGACACUGUGAAAAUAAAAGUGCACAUUUCAAAAUGAAGAAAACACAGUUCAAACAAAAACAUGUAUUCUGUAAUCUUUGAAAUGUCUUAUAAAGUACAUAUAAAUAAUAACGAA